AUGCUUAGUCGUCUCAAUCACAUCCGUACCGCCUUGUUUUCUUUGGCCAGGCCUACAAUGUCACACGCAGUUGAUACGUCUCAUUAUCGUGCCGCUUUGUCUUCAGGCAAGUACGAGAUUGCCACAUUCGCUGCGGGGUGUUUUUGGGGUGUCGAACACAUAUUCCUGAAAGAGUAUCCUCCUUCGCAAAAUAAGGGCAUCCUCAAGACGAGUGUCGGAUACACCGGCGGGCUGGAGAAAGCUCAGAAUCCGACAUACAGAGAAGUGUGCACUGGGACAACCGAUCAUGCUGAGGCCUUGAGAAUUGAAUUUGAUCCUUCCAUAAUCCAGUACGGAGAGCUCGUCGAGUUUUUCUACCGCACCCAUGACCCGACCACACCGAAUAGGCAGGGCGGUGACGUGGGCACUCAGUAUCGCUCUGUAAUUUUCACACAUUCACCUGAACAAAGCAAGAUAGCGGAGGACGUCACGCGCAAGGUACAAGAGGAACAUUUCAAGGGCCAAACGAUUGCGACAGAAAUUAAAGCUGCUGGGCAGUGGUAUGAUGCCGAAGAGUAUCAUCAGCUAUAUUUGUUCAAGGAACCGAGUGGUUACCAGUGCCCAACACACAAGAAGCACUGGUAG